AUGGCAGAGGUGGCCGAUGGGGGGGCUUGCUCCCCACAAAGAUGGUGGCACCGUCGCUAUGGGUCGCCGCCCACAGUGGAGGCCAAGGCCUUCAACUGUGGGUUGCGGCCCACAGUGGCAGUUGCGGCCGCCACUGGGGAGCCUGCGCCCACUAUGAAAAAGGGCCGCCCUGCGGGAAGAUACAGUGGGAGCGUAAAGCCAUGGAGGAUUUUCACUCUAAAAGAGCUCCAGAUUGCCACUGCUAAUUUUAGCGAGGAAAAUAAGCUUGGAGAAGGGGGGUUUGGCAGUGUAUACUGGGGCCGGACACACGAUGGUUUAGAGAUUGCAGUCAAGAAGCUAAAAUCAAUGAACUCGAAAGCAGAGAUGGAGUUUGCUGUAGAGGUGGAGAUUCUGGGUAGAGUGAGGCACAAAAACCUAUUGGGGCUUAGGGGAUAUUGUGCAGGUGGGGAUGAACGUCUCAUAGUUUAUGACUACAUGCCAAAUCUUAGUCUGCUUUCACAUCUUCACGGCCAGCUUGCAGCCGAUGUUGAACUGAACUGGCAAAGAAGAAUGAACAUAGCUCUAGGAUCUGCUGAAGGCCUUGUGUAUCUGCACCAUGAAGCUACUCCUCAUAUAAUCCAUAGAGAUAUCAAAGCAAGCAAUGUACUGUUAGACUCCAAUUAUGAUGCCCAAGUUGCAGAUUUUGGAUUUGCAAAGCUGAUCCCUGAUGGGGUUAGUCAUCUUACUACAAGAGUUAAGGGGACCCUGGGGUAUCUUGCACCAGAAUAUGCCAUGUGGGGUAAGGUCUCUGAGAGUUGUGAUGUUUACAGCUUCGGUAUUUUGCUUCUUGAAAUUAUAAGUGGAAGGAAACCAAUAGAGAAGCUCCCUGGAGGAGUCAAGAGAACGAUAAUUGAAUGGGCUUCUCCAUUGGUGCACAAGGAAAGGUACAGUGAAUUGGUGGAUCCUAGACUUCAGGGUAAGUUUGAAGAGACACAGCUCAAAAGAGCUAUUUAUGUAGCAACCAGAUGUGCUCAAAAUUCACCAGAGGACAGGCCUAACAUGAGGGAAGUUGCAGACAUGCUGAGAGGGGAAAGGAGGAGCAGAGAUGUUAAUUUUGUUAAAUUAGAGAGUGCCAGAUAUGAUGAUGAUUUGCUUCAACAAGAUCAAUCUUCUGAUGAUGAUGAUGAAUCUUAUGUUUCUGAGAUUAAGCAGCAAAAGAAAAUAAAUAAUGCCCAGAAGGUACAAAGAAGUCAGCAGCAACCUAACCAUUAUGGGACCAGAGGGAAAGCAUUGAGAUGA